AUGGCCACUGCUACUUCAACGAUGGAAGAUCUUAUCGCAAGUCUUGGUGGAUCAAUGCAUGUAUCUCAAGAAGCAUACGAUCUCAAGGCACUUCAGGAAUAUCUAGCACAAACAAUGGUUAGACCUACAUUGCCUUUAUCACCUAAUAUAUCAUUUCGACCUAUUCCACCAUCACGAUCAACUUCUUCAACACGUAAACCAACUUCUUUACCCUCCUCUUAUGCGAAUUUUGAAUCGAACGUACCGCAACCAUACCCGUCACCAAUGUCACAAGCAUCUUUCCAUUCAUUCACAGAAGAUCCUUCUAUGAAUGUGACUACACCGACAUUAGCUCAAAGACCCGGUGGACCAUUACGGAGAUCAUCAUCAUAUGGAUUCGGUUGUUCCGUUCAAGUAACACCUUCUUCUCCGCCUACAUCAUAUUCUGCAUUUGACGCAGAUGCUUUCGCUCCAUUAUGGCAACAACCAACCUCAUCUCAAGCACAUGCACAAGAUUCAUGGGCUAGAAUGAGUAAUCAACAGUCUUCAUCAAACGCUUUCGCCCAAUCUCAACAUUAUGGAGGAGACAAUGGUGGACCUUCUCAGGCUUGUGCAUUUGGAGCAUUUAGACCACCACAAGGUUUCGGGAUGGGUAUGAAUCAACAAGGAUUUCAGUACAUGGGUGGACGUCCACCUACUCCACCUGAUGAAGGUGAUGAGGAGAUGGACGAAGAUGCGAUCGAUGCCGAGAUGGAUGAUGACGAUGAAGAAGAGGAAGACAAGGUAGAAAGAGUCAUGGGGCUGUCAGCAACGGGAGCCGGCGAUCGCAUUCCUCAUCACAAUCAGUAUGGAGGACAAGAUAUAGAUAUUUGGGGAAGAGGUAGAAGGAAUUUUUAG